AUGAGUUCAGAAUAUCCCAUAAUUACAUGGAAAGAAUUAAUAAAACACUUUAAACGAUCAUCAUUAUGGGUUGUUAUAGAAGGUAUGGUUUAUGAUGUGACUACUUAUUUGGAUAAACACCCAGGUGGAGAGGAAAUCUUAAGAAAAUGUGGAGCCAUGGAUGCAACAGAAUAAUUCUUAGAAUAUAAUCAUUCCAAUUAUGCUCGAUCAAUUCUUAUUUCUAGAGUAGUUGGAUAAUUGACAAAUGAACCACAACCUGAAAAUUAUUUUUAGUUACUAAAGCAGAGAAUAUAGAGAGUAAGAGUAAAUUCAAAUACAGAUUAAGAAUCCAUACAAAGAAAUUACUUGGGAAGAAUUGGCAUCUCAUAACACAAAGGAUGAUGCUUGGAUUGUAAUUAAAGAUGAUGUCUAUGAUGUUACUGAGUUCUUGGAUCAUCAUCCUGGAGGAAUGAAAUUAUUAUUAGAUAAAGCAGGGGAUGAUGCAUCUGAAGUCUUUCAAAGAAUUAAUCAUUCUUAAAAGGCUUAUUAAAUAAUGUGUGAGCUAUAAGUUGGUGUAAUAAUAGGUAAUAAACUAUCUAAUCAUAAUUGAUAGGUAUAAAACCAAGUAGAAAGUAGAAGUAAGUACCUUAUAAUUAUGUGUUAAUAAUAUUUAUCAUAAUAGUAUUUUUUUUAUUAGUUUAUUUAUUUUUAUUGUGA